ACGGUCAGGUCUACCAAUCCCGUCUAUUCCUUUCCUAGUCGAAUUGUGUUAAAACCGAGUUUUUUUGUGCAUUCCAGUGCCGCUCGUUACGCAAGUCACGCAGCAGCAGUUUGUGAUCUACCGUACCCGUUUGGAAUUUAUGCACAUCCUACUGAUCUAUCCCCGCUCACGCCUGCCCACUUCCUAAUUGGUCGGCCGUUGACCUGCCCUGCGAGCGAGGACCUUACGGAUGUGCAGCCUUCCCGCCUGUCUCGCUACGCCAGGAUCGAAGCCCUACGUCAACACUUCUGGCGUCGUUGGGCCAAGGAGUACGUUGCAGAGCUCCAGCGACGAACCAAAUGGAAGACAAAGAAGGACGACAUAUCGUUAAACAGUCUCGUUUUAAUCAAAGACGAUAACCUGCCUCCUCUCAAUUGGCGGCUAGGCCGAGUCACGCGCCUAUACCCUGGGAGCGAUGGCGUAAACCGUGUCGCCGACAUCCUCACGGCGACAGGAACAAUUCGACGCAGCUUUUCAAAGAUCUGCCCGCUACUACCAGAGCCGGCAGACCACGACGUAUGAUGACUACUUUGGGAGUUGGUGCUCCCAAGGCCGGGGGCAUGUUCGCGCAUCUAGUACUACCAGUGACAUCUAGCGGCACUGCGGCGACAACUCCUGUACCGCCCCUCUCCGCGCUCAUCUUUCUGGAUUCAUUCGACUCCAUAUACGGCACGAUAAACACCUUGUUCGUUACAUGUAAUAUUUAAGCGUAUAUAAAGCCAUUUUCGAAAUAAAACUAGAUUUCUACAAUAUCGAAAUAAACGUCUUCAUUGAAUGGACCCCUGGAAAACCACCGAAUCC